AUGAUGAUGUGCCGUCUGCUGUGCGCCCUGUUGGUGCUUGCUCUGUUUUACUUCUCUUCCGCGCGAGCUACAGCAAGCGAGGUUAAACCUGAACAAGAAGUUAAUGUAAAGGUUACUGUUUCAGAAGUGCUAAAUGAGCUCGGUGGGGAACAUAAUUCGGAUACGGAUGUUGAUGAAUUACGGUCAGGAAAAACGGCGUCCGGUGCGGGACAUAAUGCAAAUGGGAUGCUUCCUAGUAACUCAGAACCACUAGUUCCGAUGGUUGAUACGCUAAAGUCAGAAAGUCCGAAGGAUGUUCAGGAGCAGGCACUUGAUGGGGUCACUGAGGCGGCAAAAGGAGGAAAAGAGAAGCCCCUUAAUCCAGAAGUAACAGAUACAUCCGAUGCGCAGCAGUCAACAAGUGUGACUGCUGUAAGGAAGGUAUCAGAGAGCGAGACGACUGCCGCAAAUGCGACGACCACUACUACCACGACAAAUGCGCCAACUACAACGACGACCACUGCGCCACAGGCAACAGGUAUUACGACUACAGCGGCGCCAACGACGACGACCGCCAGCGCACCGUCACAUCUCCGCGAAAUCGACGGCAGUCUCAGCAGCUCUGCGUGGGUGUUUGCCCCGCUGCUGCUCGCCGCAUCCGCGCUGGCGUACAACACUCUGGGCCAAAAGGGAGGGUGGGCUGUGCGUGCCAGCACUCAACGGCGGGGACAUGUGUACGUCUACUGUGGUCCGAUGUAUAAAGUAAGAGCAAUUAUGAUGAUUGUGUUUUUGCUUCCUUUGCUUCCGCUGUCCUGCUGUGUGCUCCGCGUUGUGCCCCACAUCCGUCGCAUUGAACGCAUCCCAGACACACUCCUAUGCAUGCGCAGCGGAGCCCUGGGCUCGUUUCUUUAA